UCAAAACACAUUAUGGCAGCAACUCAAUUAGCAUUUUAGUUUCUGAAGUAACUACAUUUGAACAAGCUAUGGCAGGCAUGUAAUUAGGCAACUCAAUCAGAUCAACAAUCUGUCAAAACAUGGAUCCCAGAUCCUUAAAACAUGUUACUGGAAUCCCGAUGCGAUCAACGAAGGGACUACUGUUGUCUAAACCAUAUCAACCUCAUUACAAUACUCUAUCUACCGCGGCUUCCAAGAUCAACGGGUUAGAGCGAGAUGACAGUUUUGCAGUCUGGAUUAAAAAUUAUGUGAGUCUAGGACCAAAGUUAAUUGAAAUUAUGAAACUCAAGUUGAGUUAUGGUGCCACAAUUAUUCAGUUUGGCAGCCAAGAUAAACUAUUCAGGAAAAACUUCAGUACCAAAGAGAAAGAGAAACUGUUGCAGGCUUCCCAAUGCCACCUAUACACUACAGCAGGUGCAAUUGCAGGAUUCCUCUUUGUGUCUACAGAAAGGGUUGCAUUUUGCAGCCACAAGUCCAUCAAAACAUAUUCUACAACAGGCAAGCUGCUAAAGUUCCAAUAUAAGGUUUCAAUACCAUUAGAAAAGAUUAGUGGAGUAAAUGAGAGUAGGAACAUGAAGAGAGCAUCAAACAACUACAUGGAGUUAGUGACAGUUGAUGACUUCAGCUUCUGGUUUAUGGGGUUUAUAAACUAUAAGAAAACAUUGAGAUACCUACGUCAUGCAAUCACUGAUCAUGUCUGCUUGAGCAAUUGAUGAUGAAUGUUGCUGCUUGUUCGGAUGUAAAAGUACUAUAUUAAAAUGUAAAAAAGUCUUAUAGCGAUAGUUCAUGUUUAAUAUUUUUAGAAAAAAAGUUGAGAUUACAUUGAUUAUGAAGAAGAAAUGGAUUUUCGGGGUUACUUUUAUCUUUGAAUAA